UAUCAUGGCUUCCAGUCAUACUGUGCUGAUGCGGUUGGUAGCUUCAGCAUAUUCUAUUGCUCAGAAGGCGGGAAUGAUAGUCAGACGUGUUAUUGCUGAAGGAGACCUAGGAAUUGUGGAGAAGACAUCUGCAACAGACCUGCAGACGAAAGCUGACCGAUUAGCACAAAUGAGCAUAUGCUCUUCAUUAGCAAGGAAAUUUCCCAAGCUGACAAUUAUAGGAGAAGAGGAUCUGCCUGCCGAAGAUGUGGACCAGGAGCUGAUUGAAGACGGUCAGUGGGAGGAGAUACUGAAGCAGCCAUGCCCAUCACAGUACAGUGCCAUUAAGGAGGAAGAUCUUGUGGUCUGGGUUGAUCCUCUUGAUGGCACCAAGGAAUACACUGAAGGUCUUCUUGACAAUGUAACAGUUCUUAUUGGAAUUGCUUAUGAAGGAAAAGCCAUAGCAGGAGUUAUUAACCAACCAUAUUAUAAUUACCAGGCAGGACCAGAUGCCACACUGGGGAGAACAAUCUGGGGAGUUCUAGGUUUAGGUGCCUUUGGGUUUCAACUGAAAGAAGUCCCCGCUGGUAAACACAUUGUCACAACAACUCGAUCCCAUAGCAACAAGCUGGUCAAUGACUGUGUUACUGCUAUGAAACCUGAUGAUGUGCUGCGUGUGGGAGGAGCCGGAAAUAAGAUUAUUCAGCUAAUUGAAGGCAAAGCCUCUGCUUAUGUGUUUGCAAGUCCUGGAUGUAAGAAGUGGGAUACUUGUGCUCCAGAAGUCAUUUUACAUGCUGUGGGAGGCAAAUUGACUGAUAUCCAUGGAAAUUCUCUUCAUUACAACAAAGAAGUGAAGCACAUGAACUCAGCAGGAGUCCUGGCCGCCCUGAGGAAUUAUGACUACUAUGCCAGCCGAGUUCCAGAGUCUGUUAAAAAUGCACUUGUUCCUUAAAGGACAGACUCAUUU